AUGGAGGACUACGACACAACAAUUUCUGAUAAUGCAAAUCAGAGCAUUCGUGGAGAGGAGAAGGACCAGAGACUGAUCCAGGCAGCUAAGGAGGGGGCAGUGGAGGAGCUGCUGAUGCUGCUCAAAUCUAAGGCAGAUCUGGGGGCGAGGGACGAGGACAACAAGACAGCAGUCCACUGGGCGGCCUCCGGGGGCCACGUAGUGGCAGUGAGGUGUCUGCUAAUGGCAGGUGCUGACGUGGGUGCGAGGGACAACUUCCAGCAGACACCCAUGCAUGGGGCUGCACUGAAUGGCCACGCAGCUCUUGUGCAGCUGCUGGUGGCGUCCUCUGCCGACCCCAACGCCAGGGAUGAGGGUGGAUGGACGCCGCUGCACUCUGCAGCAUUCACAGGCCAGGCAGAGGCGGUGACAGAACUGCUGGAGGCAGGGGCCAACAAGAGGGCCGUGGAUAACACCAGCAAAACCCCACAGGACAUUGCCAGACAGUACAACCACCAGCAGCUGAUAGACGUGCUAUCAUAA